GGACAGGGAAGCCCCUCCUUGUGCCACCACCCCCCUUGGGGACACGGCUGUGACCGGGGCUUUGUCACCCGCAGGCGGCAAGGCCAAGGGGACAGGAGUGCGCUUCGCCCCCGAGGGGACCCGGGGCCACCCCCGGGAGGGGACACAGGGCCACCCCCAGGAGGGGACCCACGGCCACGUCCACUUCCAGGAGCAGCUGCACGACUCGGCCGUGAUGGUGACACAGGACAAGGACGGCCACUUCCUGGUCAAGGUUGGGUUCCUGAAGAUCCUACACAAGUACGAGAUCACCUUCGUGCUGCCCCCCGUGUCCCGGCUGGGCAAGGACGUGUGUCCCCUCCCUGUCCCCAACCCCAACCUGCGCGUCACCAACGUCACCUCCCUGCCCGAAGGUCCCCCGCUGUCCCCAGACCGCCACCACGGCACGCCGAUGCUCCUGGACGGGGUGCGCUGCGUGGGAGCCGAGCUGGAAUACGACUCGGAGCAGAGCGACUGGCACGGCUUCGACUGACCCCAAACCCCGCCCCGGGGGUCCCCAAGGUCCCCACCGGGGUCCCCAAAGCACGGGACGGUCCCCAAAGUGGGGCGGGGGGACCCUGCUUGCUGCUGCUGCCGCUGCUUCGCCCUCACCCCGCAGCCCCGGGGGGGUUUUUGGGGGAAUUGUGCCUCUUGGGGUGGGAUUUUUCCCUCGCUGGGGAGGGAGUUUUGCCUGUGGAAUGUGGGACGGGAGCGGGGAGUCCCCCGUGGCUCUGGGUUUGGGGCCGUGUCCCCGGCCGUGUCCUCGUGUUGCUGCCAGCGCCUCUUUUUCGGGGUUUUUUUCCCAUUUUUCUCGGGUUUUCCCUGUUUUCCUUGGUUUGUUUUUCCCYGUWUUUCUCUGUUUGUU